AUGCGUGGCUCUGGCAACCGGGUCAGAACCUGCAACCUGGCUCGUCGCGAUCACUUUAUACGGCAGUCUACCUUCUCAUCACUUUUUCAUCGGGUAUCUUCGCGAUCUUCGUGGUUUGCGCGGCGCAUAGGGACGGUUUCCUCUGAAAAUCCCGUCGCGUCAGCUUUCUACCCCUCCACCUUCCUUAUACCCCCCACGCGACCGACAAACUGCGUUACCUUCCCGAUCGAAAUCUUCGCACGAACCAAACCACCCUGCCGGAAUUCCUCUCCACCAACCACCGUGGCCCCCAUCCCCAAAGUUCUCCUCCCAAACGGCCACCCGGGCGGGAAAUGGGGAAUGCCUCCUCUGUCGGCCUACACUCCUUUCGAAUCCUUGCUCUUCUUUCAGUCCCUCGCGACCUCUGACGUGCGCCCGGCGAGCUUUGCGUCCAUCUCGAGCCUGUUGAGUGACAACCCGUUAGUUCGUGAAAAUGUCGCGUUUAGUGCCGAUCGCCUAAGCCCAGAGGCCCUGGAGGAUCUUUAUGCAACCCUGCUCCGUGAUGGAUUCGAUCGAGAAACGACCAAAGGCUCCAAUGGAGUACCGACGGAGAGUCCGACCAGUAAUUCGAAGAAGCGGAAGAUAUCCAGCCCACGACCAGAGGGAUUGUCUGAUGGAGUCACCCAUGCCGUCCGGGUGCCGGAGCUGGUGUCGCAUCUCUACGCACGGUAUAGAGAGCUAGUGACCAAGGAAAUCCGGGACAGUGAAAGAGAAUAUGAUGCAAUCCAGGACCAAAUCCAACGCAUCAAAAAGGAGGAAGAGAAAACGCCGGCCCCAGUCGUAGGAGCGACUAUUGCUGCGCCGCCACUUACGAAGCCCGAGCGCCCAGAACCUACGGAUGUAGAUGUGAAGCAGGAAACCCCGCGACGCAAUCACCCCGGACCAAUAGCUAUCCCACCAGCCGCGAUGGCCUUGGGAAAAGCGACGGAGAAACUGCCUCUCAAGCCACCUGUGCCCGCUCAAGAUUCAAAAGAAGGUCAACUUCCUUCUGCUCAGCAGGCUGGAAAGCCCGCAGCACCAAUGCCGCAACCACAACUGCCACCGUCUGCUCAAGCCGCGCCGCAUGCUGUGCCAUCACCAAUCGCGCCUCGGACUCAAGUCGCUCCUACAACGCCUGCUCCAGCACAGCGACCUACUGCUGCCCACCCAUCACAAGUCGCACCGCGCCCGAUUACAGGAAAGCCUGGCGUACCUGAUAUUUCCUCAACUCCUCAAGCACCUCCUGCUCAGUCAAGCUUCCAGCAAUGGCAACUUGAACCACCUCCUCAGUCUCCAUACUCCGCGAUUUCACCCAACAUUACCCCACAAGUCAACUCCACAGUCGCCAAACUACCCCUACCCCCUCCCACUAUACCCGCAAGCCAGCACAGGCCUUCGAUCCCCGCCAUACCGAGCACCCCUGGCCCAUUACCAUCCGCUGCUCACACCCCUGUUCCUAUCGGCCGUCCGCAACUUUCGCAGACACCGAGUGUUGUCAUUCCAUACUCCGAAUCACGCAGUUCACGGCCCCGGCUCUCGAUUGAUACCCCAGGCUCCUCAACACCAUGGAAGAGAACCCCACGCUUGAGUAUUCCAGACUCCCCAACAUCGCCAGUUCGCCCUCUACCCGAAGAUGUUAGCCCAAUAAGCGAGAGAGCUCCCUCGCCUGAUGGUAUGGAAAUGUCACCCCCGGGCAAGAAAACACGCCGAGGACAGGCUGCAGAUCAGAAAGCAUCGGCAACCCCCAAAAACGAGAAACCUUCUUCAACCCGGAAGCGACGUGCUGUGAGCUCCGCUUCCACACAGAGUCGAGGGCGAUCCGUAGCCUCGCGUGGCAGGUCUCCUCUGCAAGCUGACGAUGCAGAGCGUGAUGUGCGUACCUCGAAGCGCCAGAAGGGCGUGGCAACAAGCGCAGAGGAGACUCCAAAAGCGCGUUCUAAACGCAAGCGAGGACCCAGUGAAUCUGCGGAGCAAGAAUUUGCUCCUCCCGAAGCAAUCAAAUUUGACUCCACACGGUAUGUGAUGUGUGCUCGUGGUUUCCAUCGAACUGCCGGGACAAUCUUGAACGACGUGACCACCCACAAGCUUGCUUCUAUUUUCGCCAAACCUUUGGGUGAGCGUGAUGCCCCGGGCUACCACGAUCUUAUCUAUCGACCUCAGGAUCUGAAGACGAUCAAAUCUGCUGUUCAUCAAGGCAGUAAGGCUGUGGCCGCGGCAACGGAGGCAGUCAGCACUCCUGCGGGUGAUAGUGAAUCUCCCGCACCUGUUGCCGGAGCAUCAUCCAAGAACAAUGCGCUCAUGCUACCGAAGACGGAAGACCUACUUCCUCCAAAGGGUAUCGUGAACUCCGCACAAUUAGAAAAAGAAUUCAUCCGCAUGUUUGCCAACGCUAUUAUGUUCAAUCCCGUUCCUGAACGCGAUUUUGGUCCCCACUUCCCGAUGAUCAAUGAUCGUGGCUCUCGUGAGAGCUCCCAAUCAGGCGAUGGUGAUGAAGGCGGCAUCAUUCAAGAUUCCAGGGAAAUGUUUGAAGAUGUCGAGCAAGCUGUGAACCGAUGGCGCGCUGCUGAACGGGCCUCGGAACGAGCGUCGGAGGAGUUGGCGAAUAAGAAUCUUCUUGCUCUUCGCCGCGGGAGUGUCAGUGAUUUCAAUACAGAUAGUGCUGAUGAUGUCAAAGGGUAA